GUACGAUUAUAAGUGCCUAUAAAAUACUUUGCACCUCGCAAUUGACUUUUGUUUUCGUUUGCCAGUUAAAGCGUUUGGUUGUCGAGCCAAACCCCGGUUUAAACUACCACAAAAACAAGACAAGUAUCCCCAAAAGCGUUCGAAUCGAUAAAUCCAAGAUGAAAGUCACCUUGGUAUUAGCUGCAUUCUGUGUGGCAGCAUCCUAUGCUGAACCUGCCAUUAGUCAAGCCAGAGGUACCACCACCACCUCCACAAAACCAGGCAGAUUUUUGUCACUGCCCAACCCUGCCAAAUGUGCCAACCGUCCCAAGGAAUUCUCGUACCGCGGCCGCAACAUGUUCUUGAGCACCCACGUCCCAGCCUUGGCCAACAAGAAAGUCGAUUGGUUGGAUGGUCGCAACAUUUGCCGUGAAUACUGCAUGGACUUGGUUGCCUUGGAGACCCAGGAAAAGAACAACUUGAUCUUCCGUGUGAUCCAACAAAACGAUGUGCCCUACAUCUGGACCGCUGGCCGUAUUUGCGAUUUCAAUGGCUGUGAAAACCGUCCCGACUUGGAACCUAAGAACAUUUAUGGUUGGUUCUGGUCCGCAACCCGUGAGAAGAUCCAAGCCACCAACCGCAUUCCUCAAGGUUGGGGUUACAAUCCCUGGUCCCAGACUGGUCACAAGAAGCGUCCUCAGCCCGACAAUGCCGAAUAUGACAUCAACCAGACCAAGGAACAGUGUUUGUCCGUUUUGAACAAUGUCUACAACGAUGGCAUUGCAUGGCACGAUGUGGCCUGCUAUCACGAGAAGCCCUUCAUUUGCGAGGACAACGAUGAGCUGUUGCGUUAUGUGGCUGCCACCAAUCCUGGCAUUCGUCUAUAAAGUUAAAGUUUGGAAA